AUGGAGAUGCCUCCGCCAAAGGAAUUCCAUGCGCUUCAUGCCUUCAAUGCACCGGAAGAGCUCUUUAGCAUGUCAGUUGAAGAGAGGAAGCUGACCAAAACCACUGGCCCCGAGGGCUUCCCCCCAAAGUCUCUGACCGCGCAGGCAUCAAUCACCCUAGCUGAAGAGCUAGUGGUGAUGGGAGUCUUUCUGAUUUUCAUGGGUGGCCCUCUCUUCAUGAUGUUUGGUGGCCUUGCUGUGUUGCUUUGGGGCACUUGGCUCACGAAGGUGUCAUUUCUCGUGCUUGCCGCCGUGCUCGCCCUUCAUCCUAUGCCAGGGGAAGCCUUCAACAAGAUGCUGAUCAAGUCCAAGUUUACCACUAUUUUGUUCAAAUACUUCUCGUAUCGUUUUGUUUGGUGCGAUGAUUCAGCUGAUACCUCCUUUGAGAACGCCCCGUGGAUCGGCACUGGCCCGCCCCAUGGAGUUCUUCCAUUUGCCAAUUUAUUGAGCAUCGCAGCCAUCAACAACUUUCUUGGUUGCCCCUUUGUUGGUGCAGCUGCGAGUGUUGUCUUCCACACACCGAUGCUUCGAUACAUGACCUUAUAUGGCGUGGUACCCGUGGAUCGUCACUCCAUCGAAAAGGCCGUGCGUCAGGGCAAAUGCGUUGGCAUUGUCCCUGACGGUGUGGCUGGGAUCUUUAAGACUAGUAGCCACUUGGACGAAAGGGGCGACAAGGAAUUGGUGGCCAUGAAGGACAGAAAGGGUAUUGCCAGGUUAGCUUUGCGCACGGGAACUCCCAUUGUCCCUGCCUACUCCUUCGGCAACACUGCAGUUUUUUCCUGCUGGUAUGAUUCCUUUGGAAUCUUGGAGGCGAUUUCCAGAAAGGCGCAGGCCUCUUUCUUCCUCUUCUGGGGCCGCUUCGGCCUUCCAAUCCCACGCCGGGUGAAUGUGACCAUGGCCUUUGGUCGAGUCAUUGAGGUUCCCAAGGUGGAAAACCCCACGGAGGAACAAAUCGAUGAAGUUCACCAGAAGAUCAUCGCGGCCACCAAGCAGAUGUUUGAUUUGCACAAGGCUUCUCUAGGAUGGGGUGACAAGGAGAUGAAGUUUGUUUGA